CUCCCACCGCCCAAGAGUUUUGUCAGCGCGGGAAUUGAUUGCAAUAAUGUUUCCAACAGUUCGAGGCGUAGCUUCCAACAUUGUUUUGGCAUCGAGCCUUUUGACAGCCAACCUUGUAGCCGGUCAGGAAUUUGAAACGCCAGAACCAUCCAUCAGCCCUCACCCCGCUGUUGGAUUUCACUUGGGGUCUUCAUACGGUUUCGCCGCCGUGCACUUUAGCAACGGCACACGGCGCAGCAUCGUCAACAUUGAAGGUGAUGAGGACUACAGAGCUGUCAUCCACGAUCUUGUCGCCGGCGUGCCUGUCCCCGGCCAAUGGUGGCACUUCUUCUACCAUCCCGACCAUGAUUCUACACUCAUCCGCGCUGCCAAGUCGGCCGUCUUUCUGCCCAUUCGCAGAGACGAACGCACCACGCAAUUGGCACGCAUGAUCUGGCAUCUCAGAACGGAGACGGAACAGGUCCUUCAGCAGAGAUUGGUGGAUAACGUGGCUAUUUCUGUGCCCUAUAUUAGAUCCUGGCAGGGCCAUUUACCGUUUCAGAGCGUUAUAAAUGAUGCGCUAGCCGGUGCGGGCUUAGAGGCUAGACACAUGGGAAUCAAUGCGCCGACCUAUCUCCACGAAGCAAACGCCGCUCUCAAGGGCCAUGGCUUGCGCGAGUGUCUGUUGACCCAUUGUCGCAUGGUUCCAGACGAAAAGGAAGAUUUACCAUAUGAUUCGGUGUUCUACAUUAGCUACACCUUUUCCUCUCUCUAUACCCUCUUCCAAGACAACGAAUGCUUCUUUGAACAGCGCCCUACUAAACGACGCAACAUUGUCGAGUCAUCGCUAGGCCACGACCAGGCUAAGCUUUCAGAGAGCGGCGCAGUCUUCUUCAAGGGUGUCAAGGACCACUUGGUGGCUGAGUUUAACAAGGACAUUGAGGCAACCAAGUCCACCAACCCCGAUACCAGCUAUGCUGUAGUCGUUGCUGGCGAGGCUGCUACACAUCCCGAGUUCCUCAGUGCAGUGACACAAGCGAUCGACGAGGUCAUCGGUACCAGCAAGCGCAAUGUUGGACAAGUCAAGAUCCUGGAUGUGUAUGCUCCCGCUCUUGGCACUGCGGACUGGAUCCGUAGGAGCAUGAACCGCGGAUACUGCCUCGAAAAUCCGGUUCUCGAGGAACGCGACAGGGAGAUUAGAAAGAGGACGGCCUCUUCUAGCAGCGUCGAGGUUGAAGCGACAGAGUCUACACCACAGGCUGAUGAGACCCGCGAUGAAUUGUAACGGGCCAUCGGCAAAUGGUCAUAUUUUGUAAAUUACGAAUACAUAUACAUAUACAUUCAUUCCUAUAUCCUCUCUACUGUAAAUUGGCCUUCCAAGUAGACUUCUAAACAGGGUUCAGACUCAACUAAGCACAUAUGUGUCCACAGGCAUACGCCUAGUACCAAAUUCGAUCGGAUUUGAAGUUUUACAGACCGCUGUAAUGUCAUUCCUAGUCCAAUAUAUGGAUCGGUAUUUCUACAUUCUUAAAUCCGCCUUCUGUCCACUGAACGCCGUGUACAAUUGCCGAACCUUGGUAUCACGAGCAUCCCAAUCAUACCCCGCAAAAGCCUCAUCCAAUAAAAUCGGCUUUUUUGUACAUCUCGUAAUCAAUCAAAAACCAAUGUAUUGGCGG